AUGAUAGGAAUUUUACUUUCGCUAUUGAGUUGGAUAGAUUUAAGUCCUGUACCAUAUGUGGCUUUCUUAAUUGGCACAACUGAACCUGCCCUUAAGCUAUUGAUUUCUAUAUUAUUAGGGUAUCCAUUAGGAAUUAUAUAUAAUAAAUACAUCAAAGAGUACAAGGAGUAUAGACAUCUGUUUUUCAUUGGGGCUGGGCUCGAUAUUGCUCUCUAUAACUUUGGCCUUUCAUUUUAUCAUAAUGCUAUUCCGGCAAUAGUUAUUUAUAUCACAACAAAAUUAUUUGGCCCAAGUAAGGAGAAUGCGAUAAUAACAUUUAUUUUUAACAUGAGUUAUCUAUUGAUUGGAUAUGCACAGACGGAAUCAGAAGACUAUGACAUCACAUGGACAAUGCCUCAUUGUGUCUUAACUUUAAAACUCAUAGCUUUAUCAUUUGAUUUAUGGGAUGGCCAGAAAAUGAAAAGUGGAGAGAGUCUUUCUGAAAAUAGUAAAAAAACGGCCCUCAUAAAUCCACCUACUUUCUUAGAACUUAUUGGUUUUGUUUACUUCCCUGCUUGUUUCCUUGUGGGUCCCAUAUUUUCAUUUAGAAGAUAUAUUGACUUUGUUUCUGACAAAUUCCCCAUUGAGAAAGAAGCACCAAUGCUAGAAAAACAGGCAUUAAACAGAUUUAUACAAGGCAUGAUCUAUUUAAUUGCUUUUCAAGUUGGCAUAUCCGUUUUCAGCAUGAAUUACAUGCUCUCUGAAGAAUUUUAUAGUACUUCCAUAAUUUAUCGUCAUUUUUACAGUGGAUUGUGGGCACAUUUUGCUCUUUAUAAAUAUAUCUCCUGCUGGUUACUUACAGAAGCAUCCUGUAUAAGAUUCGGCCUAUCAUACAAUGGCACAAAAAAAACAGAAUACGGAGAAGUAACAAGAUGGGAUGGCUGUAACAACAUUAAAUUAAUGAGAUUUGAGGGAGCCACUAAGUUUCAGCAUUAUAUUGACAGUUUUAAUUGUAACACUAACCACUUUGCUGCAGAAUAUAUAUACAAACGCCUUAAAUUUCUUGGUAACCGUAAUCUUAGUCAAUUUUUCACUUUAGUGUUUCUCGCUUUAUGGCAUGGCACACGGUCUGGUUAUUAUAUGACAUUUUUCAAUGAAUUUAUAAUCAUAUAUAUGGAAAAAGAAUUGGAAGGUAUACUCUCAAAGUCAGAUUACUAUCAUAAACUUUGGGCAUCACCAGCAAAAUACAUAUUGUAUGGCAUUCUUAAAACUUACACCAUUGUUUUCAUGGGUUGGAGUUUAAUACCAUUUGAUCUCAAAGUAUUUUCCAAAUGGUGGCAAAUAUAUGCCAGUCUCUAUUUCUCAGGCUUUGUACUUUUCUUGCCUUGGGCUUUAGUAUAUAAACCAGUGCUUUUAAAAAUAAUGAAAAAGUUACCAUCACAUGUGCAAUAA